UCACAGUCCAUCCGCGCAUUGAACUGAACCGAAAGAAACCCAGAGGUUAUACUGACCAUAAACACACUGUAAAAGAACCCAACUCUAUAAGCAAACAAACUCUAUUCUAUAUCAUUUACUGCCAUUUUGGCAGCUCCUCAGAGACGACACGUGUGUCAUGAAAAGGCGUUUGCGCUCUCAGCACCGGUGACUCAGUCGUUCACAGUACAGCACUAGGAAGAGUGUAAAAGACGGAUGUAACACAAUGAACCGCGUCGCGAACGACACGACGUAGCCUCGCUGUUUUUUUAUUUUUGUUUUGUUGUUUUUGGUUAGAGUUGGAAACGUGGUUUCUUUUUCUUAUGCCUCUGCUGAAGGAAUAACUCUUGAAAGGAUCGGUUCUCACGUGUAAGGAGCGUGAGUGUCUCAGAGAGAUUUUUUAAAAGUUACCAAUGGGGUCUCAAGGGCCAGGACGUAAAAGAACCCCCAGCAAAAAUGGGUUGACUGGAGAGGAAGAUGCCCUCAACGUAAUCGCAAAAGAGGCUGAAGCCCGUUUGGCAGCUAAGAGAGCAGCCCGCGCAGAAGCUCGUGAGAUCAGAAUGAGAGAACUGGAGAGACAACAGAAAGAGAUUUAUCAGGUGCAGAAGAAAUACUAUGGACUGGAUAACCUGGACAACAAAUGGGGGGACAUUGAGCAGUGGAUGGAGGAUAGUGAGCGAUAUACACGUGUCUCACGGAGACAUGCUUCGGUGUCGGAUGAUGAAGAACGGAUGUCAGUGGGGAGCAAGAGCAACAUACGGUUGGAUUUGGAUGCGGCGGGUGCUUAUGUCGGGCUUCCCCAGGCCACCUCCUCUUUCUCGCAUAAGAAGUCCAAGAAAAAGAAAAAACAUUCUUCUAAAACCAGCAAUGGCUAUGAUGAUGAUCUCAGCACAUUGUCUAGUCGGAGCUCCAAACUCAGUGAUGAGAGCAAAAGGUCUCGCUCCUCUAGACUUGAUCUGCAGUCGAGUGCCUACUAUUCAUCUGAGUUGUACAACCGCAGUAGUAGUUAUUCCUCUAAACAUCAAGUCCCUUCCUACAGUGGCUACCAGGGCUCUAUAUAUGAGGACAGUCUCUACAGUGGCUCUCGGCGCUCCAGUGCUCGUGCUUCCUCUGAAUACAGUGGUUUCCUGAACUCCAGCUCUAGGACUUCGUCCAGGGCAAAUUCUGCGUGUGGCAGCCCUGUGGAGGACUGCAGCAGCUCAGUGGCUAGUUUUAUGCGCAGCACAGCUAGUAUCAGUGGCCUCUCUAAAGACCUUGACCACGUUGUCAUUCCUGACCUGUCGAAUGUUAAUGGGAGGCUGCCUAUGGCUGAUGACAGGUCAGAGCGAGACUACUUAGAAAAGGGCUCUUCACGAGCAUCAACUAUAUCUGGCGCCACUCUUACCUCUCUGGGUGGGACAUCCUCACGGAGAGGAAGUGGAGAUACAUCCAUCUCUGCUGACACAGAAGCAUCUAUACGGGAAAUCAAGGAGAUCCAUGAGCUUAAGGAUCAGAUUCAAGAUGUGGAGGCAAAGCACAUGCAGAACCUCAAAGAGCUCAAGGAUUCCCUUUUGGAAGUGGAAGAGAAGUACCGUAAGGCCAUGGUGUCCAAUGCACAGCUGGACAAUGAGAAGACCAAUAUGAUGUAUGAAGUGGACACUUUAAAAGACUCUUUAAUGGAACUGGAGGAGAUGCUGUUUGAAACGCGCCGUGAGCUUGAGGAAAAGACUAAGGACCUUGAACGAGAGAAGCAUGCCCAUAGUACACUGCAGUUCCAGUUCAGUGAAAUAAAGGAAACAUUGAAACAGAGUGAAGAACUGCUCACUGAGAUCCGUCAAUUACGGCUCAAGCAAGACGGCUUUGUUAGGGAGAUUUCUGACCUCCAGGAAACUAUUGAGUGGAAGAAUAAAAAAAUUGGGGCAUUAGAGAGGCAGAAGGAAUUCUCUGAUGCCAUUCGAAAUGAGCGGGAUGAGCUCAGAGAUGAGGUUGUUCAGCUCAAAGAUAUUUUAAAGAAACAUGGCAUUGUCCUUGGACCCGACUUGGCCACCAAUGGAGAAACGGGGGGAGAAGCUGAACAGAAUUUUCAAACCGCAUCAACUGAAAUCCGAGAGGGGAGUAGCGUACUAGGCACUCAUCAGUUGAAGCCGUGUAAAGACCAGCAACAAAAAGAUUUGGAUGACAUGAUGCAGGGGAAUCAACAGUCUUCACAUGCCCCUUUCAGUUCUACUAAGACAGCUUUAGAAGCAAAUGAGAAUGGAGACCUUGGGGACCAAAUUAAUCAGGGUGUAGGGCAGCUUACAAAUAGACCUGAAGAACCUCCCAGUCCUGUUGGUGAUGAUGAACUCACUGCAACAAGACCCAAGGAGAAGAUCAAAUCUGAGGCACAUAUUCCGAAAGAUUCAAAAUAUACUGAUGAAUUAGAGUGCAAAGUUCACAAGGAUGGACUUAUGGAGACAGAUCAACAAGAGAGUGAAUUUGUCAAACCUAUUAAGGAAAUCAAAGAGGAAACUCCUUUAGAGUAUGGUGCAAUCCAUGAUGAAACCGAUAAAUCUGGUGAGGCAGUGAUCGAUGAUCAACUCAAAGAGGAGUCUGUGGAAUCAUCUCAAGUGGAGAAACUUUCCAAAACACAGGGUGCCAGUGCUUCCAAUAAAAAGAAGAAAAAGAAGAAGAAAAACAAACAGAAGCAGAAACAAAGUGACAAGCAAGAGAGUGACACAAAGAUGGACGACAAGAAUGAAAUGGUUUUGAGUGAAGACAAUCCAAACCAAGAAGUGGAAGGUGAUCUAGAAGAAAACCAUGAGAAGCCCUUAGGGAAUGAUAUAUCCGAAACAACCAUGAAUAGUGAUGUCCCACAGGGUGAUAAAGGAACCAAUGAAUUGGACUGUAUCAAAAUAACACACACAAAUAUUAAUGCUGAUGAUGCUCAAGACAGAAUUCAGUUAGUUACAGAUGAAGCUGAUUCUGCAGAAAUGUCUAAAACCAUCACAAAUUUGAACUGCUCUGAAUCUAGCAAUGGUGUCCUUUCAGAUGAUCUGUCCAACAAUAUUAUAUGUAACCCUGCCACCAUUAUUGAUGACCACACUGAGGGUUUGACAAAUCCUGACACAGAACCUGUAAUCUUCAGUAGUGAGCAUAUUCCUUCAGAAACAGAGACUUUACUGCCUCAUGAACCUUCUGCUCAGCCCAUGAAUAGUGUUGGAGUGUGCAUUGAAUCCAUCAGUAGCUCUGAGAACAUUGAGAAUGCUUCAUUGGUAGGUGUCAAGGAAGAGAAGAGUCAGCUGGACUGUGAAGUAGAAGAACAGAAGGAAAGGGUCCAAAAUAUCACUCUAGAUUGUGACGAGAACAUUGAGAAUGCUUCAUUGGUAGGUGUCAAGGAAGAGAAGAGUCAGCUGGACGGUGAAGUAGAAGAACAGAAGGAAAGGCUCCAAAAGAUCACUCUAGAUUGUGACACUAACUCUGAAGAUCAAGAUAAUUCUGCUCAUUCCUCUUCCCCUGUGAUGAUGGAGAAGUUGGAAAACGAAGCUGAAAAGGUAAUCCAGGAACAACCUAUUAAUCAGCCAAUGGAAAGUCAACUCCAAGACAGUAUUGUAGCAGACGUGGACCAAGAAGAGGUUGAGACACAAGAUGAACCAGAUGAAGAAAACCUUAAUUUGCUUAGUGAAAAAGUGUUUGAUGGAUGCCAAGCUGACGACACUCCUUUAAUGGAAUCACAGAUUCAGGUUCUACAUGAGGAUCACCUGUCUGCCAGUGAAGCAAAUCAGGAAUCAAUUGUAGAGUCAAAAGCUUCUGACCAAGAACCCACGGUAGAACAUGUCCAUGAGGAAAGAUCUAACCAAGAUCAGGUUACACUUAAUGUGGAACUGCUUGAAGGUGAGGUUGACCCUCAAAUAAAGUCAGAUGUGGUUCCUCAAGAGUUCAAGGAAAUAGAUGAUGGUGAGGAAGAUGAAGGAGAAUCAUUUGAUUUUGAUGAAAUGGAUCUUGAAGCAUCAUCAGGUGCCCCUUUAAAAAACCUUCAAGAGCAUUCAAAUGAAGACUCAUUGUUAAAAGAGAGUGCACAAGAAGCAAGCCAUGAAUACCAAAGGAAUGUCAAGGAUGAGGACCAGAUUCAAGAAGAUGAACAUCUGGAACAUGCAAAUAAGGAAUCAAUGACAGCGGAGCAUAAAGAUGAUGGACAUGCCACAGAAAACCCACAAACAGCAACAGAUGUAGAAAGAUGUUUAACAGAAGAAAACCGUCAAAACAACAGGGAAGUCAGACCUAAUGAUCAGCAGGAUGACAAACCUGAUGCAUUUGAAGAGCAUCAGCAGGCAUCAGGAGAUGUGACACUCGGUAAACGGGUUAAUGAAAGUUCAGAGAUGGAGACAAGUGAUUUAGGCCAAGAGAUCAAUAGCUCCAUUCACCAUGAAAACAAGGCAUCAAAUGUUUCUGAAGAGCAGGAAGCCACAGGGAUCAACAAGGAAAAUGAUACUAAAGAAUCUAAAAAAAGUGGAAAAGGAAAAGGAAAGGGCAAAGGGAAAGAGGAUUGUAAAAUGUCUUAAUACUAGGACAUUGCAGAGUGUCCAAUUAAACAUUUAACAUUGCACUUCUUGGCUCUAAUGAAAUUGUUUUGGGAACUACUUCUGAGAACCCUAGAAAACCAAAGUUAUCAUAUUGUCAAGCCAGAUUAUCAGUCAUCACAAGCACAUUUUAUACAUGAAUAUUUCACAUCUGAAUAACAAUGCUGAAUGAAAUCUGGAAAUUGUCAAAGAAAAUGUCAAAUCGAAACAAAAACCCAUUAAAUGCUAGCAGUAAUGGGUGUAAUGCGUCAUAUUUAUUUAGAAAUUUUACAUAAUCAUGAAUAAAAUGUUUUUUAUAAGAAUAUGUGAUAAGUAUAUUUUUGUUUUGGAAACUGCCACCUUUCUUUUUUUUCUAUUCCAAAGGACCCAUAAUGUACUUUGUAUGUUGUUCCAAAUGUGGUAAAUAAAACUUUGUAUUGUGUGCCAACCCUAUUAAACAUUCCUUUAAGGAGUAUGAUUAAAAAAAUAUUCAACUUUAACUUUUUCCAAUUGAAACAUGUAUGUUAAAUGGACAUCUAUGUUCAACUUAAAUGAAUACAUUAAAAAUAGAUAUUUUAAUCUAUUGUUGUUGAUUGUGUUACAGUUAAAUAUUUUAUCAUUUAAUUUCCCAGCUAACUGAAUACAUUUUUCAUAUAAUGAUAGAGGACAUUUAAUUGAACUGCUUCAGAUAUACAGAGUAUACAAAAGAAACUAGUCAAGGUUUAUUUUUUGGGUCACGACUUUUAGGGAGUUUUUAUUUGAUGCCAGAUCACACUCAUUUGCAUAAGCUCAAAAUCAUGGAAAAUACUUGCAUGUAAUAGCUGUACAGUUGAGUGAAUGCUGAGAGAACUGGCUGCAUGAGGCUGAGGUCACUUAAGUUCCUGCAUGUUGUCCAUCCUCAUCCUUCACAUCCCAGCAUAGGAUAGCCUCACUUUUGCAUGCCCUGACUCCUCCCCCUCCAUGCAUUUGGCUCCUCCCAUCCCUGGUAUGUGAAACAUUUUCUGUCUAACCUUGGUGUGUUUUAAAACCUGAAUGCAUUUUAUUAUUGCAGAAUACUUUUUUGUUUUUACAUUUUAUUAGAUUUGUUACAAAAAUGUGAGUUUAAGUAUGGGGUGGUGAUGGCGCAGUGGAUAAGACACAUGCCUUUGGCGUGAGAGACCCGAGUUCAAAUGCACUGUGAGACACCAAUGUGUCCCUGAGCAAGACACUUAACCCCUAAUUGCUCCAGAGGCUGUGACCUCUGACAUAUAUAGCUAUUGUAAGUCGCUUUGGAUAAAAGCGUCAGCUGAAUGAAUAAAUGUAAAUGUAAGUACCCUAAGGUGUUAUCAUAUCCC